UCCGAGGAUUGUCAUGGAGGUACCAAAGAUGGCAUCUUUAGGAACAACUCUUCUUGCUUUGGCAUCAGUGCUCCUACACUCAGCGAGGUCUCAGGGGGUUAUGGGAAAAGGCAAAGACAGCUUGCCGCUAAGGUUCACACAUCAUCUCUACAACGCCUCCAUCUUUGAGAACUCUGCGCCACGGACGUACGUUGAGACGCCGGUGAAAAUGGGCAUUGAAGUGACUGAUGUGUUCUGGGAAAUCAAAUAUAACAUUGUCUCAGGUGAUGACGACAAACUUUUCCAAGCAGAGGAGGUUACAGUUGGGGAUUUCUGCUUCCUCAGGAUCAAAACACGCAGCAGUAACUCAGCACAGCUCAACAGGGAGGUCAGAGACUCGUACACUCUCACAGUGGCGGCCACCGAAAACACUUUUGACUUCCAGGCGAAGACGAAGGUGUUUGUCCAGGUGCUUGACACCAACGACCUUAAGCCUCUUUUCUAUCCUGCCUCAUACAACCAUGCUAUCAGGGAGGACAGUCCACUUCAGUCAAGUGUGGUGAGAGUUAGUGCUACAGAUGCUGAUAUCGGCAGCAACGCUCACUUUUACUACUCUUUCACCAGCAGAGCUCACCCUUUUGUCGUCGACCCUUUCACAGGAACUGUCAGUCUUGUCAGGAAGCUAAAUCACACCCGAACAGACAGGUACGACCUCACAGUGUUAGCAGAGGACAGGACAAAGAAGAUAUCUGGGGUUAAAAAAUUUGGUAAUGUUGCCAGAGUUACAAUAAAUGUACAAAAGAUGGCAAUGAGUUCUCCAGUCAUCACCCAGACCCCCAAACCCACAGUGUCUACAGACGGCAAAAUAACUAUCAAUGUCCACGUAGAGGCGGGAGCUAAGCCGGUUGAAUCCCUGAUUGUUGUUGGAGGAGAUCCCCACAAGUGUUUUGAGGUAAUCCCUUUAGGUGUGCAGGGCACUGACUUCCAAGUGAUCUCUACUAAGAGGAUUAACUGGUCUCAGAGUCCUUUUGGGCUGAAUAUGUCCCUUCAAGCCAAAGACAGGAGCUUCCCUAGUUUACUCUCUCCAGCUGCACACAUCCACAUUCCUGCCUAUCAUUACACGCCCCUGGCAUUUUUAGAGGACACCUACAUCGUCCCUCUGAGUGAGUUUUCACCCCCUAAAUCUCAUGUGGUUAAAGUGUCAGUCACCCCAGUAGCUUAUAAUGUCACAUUCAGUAUCAAGAAUAAUCCGGACAGUACUAAAUUUAAAAUAAAUCCCAAAACAGGAAUCAUCAUAACAACAGAGACAUUCGACUAUGAGAGAAAGGAUCGAUAUGAGUUCGAUGUUGUGGCCAAUCACGGCGAGGCUGAGACUCACAUAGUGGUUGAGAUUAUCGAUGAAAAUGACAACAGCCCACAGUUCGCACACACCUCCUAUCAGGCCACGCUGGAUGAAAACUCCCCUGUUGGAAGCACUGUUGUGAAAGUAGUUGCCAUAGACAAAGAUAAAGGUAAAAACGGCUUUGUGACUUACACUAUGGCGAGUCUAGGCCCCUUACCUUUCAUCAUAGACCCGUUCACAGGCGUCAUCUCCACCUCCGAACAUUUAGAUUACGAGCGGAUGAAAAGGCGGUACCAUCUGAGGGUUUGGGCGUCAGAUAGCGGAAAACCCUUCAGUCAGGUCAGCGAAUGCCCCGUGACGAUAACCCUGAACAACAUGAACGACAACAUGCCUUUAUUUGAGAGAGUUGGAUGCAACACAACUGUACCGCAAGAUUUACCCCUUGGACACACAAUCGCCGAGCUGUCAGCCAUUGAUGUAGAUGAACUGCAGCAGCUGAGGUACGUCAUCGAGUCAGGGAAUGAACUCCAAGUUUUUUCUAUCAACCCGGUGUCAGGAUCAAUCACCCUGAAACAACCGAUCCCCCUGCGAGCAUCUUCGUUCGAUUUGAGAGUUGUAGCCACGGAUGGAAAGCAUUCCUCCGAAGCUUCACUCGUCAGGGUGACUGUAACGAACAGAGGCGAUGAAGCAACGCUCGUUUGCCAGGAAACUGGCAUUUUCAAACAGCUGACUGAUAAACUGAUUGAGUACAUCAAACCCAUUUUAAUCAGUCAAGAGGAAGACAUUUUUUCUGAUGUUCACAUCACCAACCGACACUCUCCAAAGUUUGACUCAAGCAUCCCGGGGUCAAUCGAUCUCAUUGAGGACCACCCGCUGAAUUCCUCCAUUAUUCAGUUCAAGGCAACAGACACUGACACUGGGUUCAACAGUAAGCUGGUGUACGCCAUAUCUAGCGGGAAUGAAGAUGGGUGUUUCUCUAUUGAUGUAUUCUCGGGUGAUCUUCAGUUAGUUUGCUCAUUAGACAGAGAGAGUAAGGAGUUCUACAUUUUGAACGUCACUGUUUAUGAUCUGGGAAUACCGCAAACAUCUGCGUGGAAGUUCAUUGCCGUGAACGUCAUGGAUGUCAACGACAAUCCUCCGGUUUUUGAUCAGCCGAGAUAUGUGAUACGUGUGCCUGAAAACACAGAGCAAGACUCCAUUAUCUUUACAGCUCAAGCUAUUGAUCCUGACGUAGAUACAAGCGGGAAUGUCGAAUACUCCUUGCUGACGUCCACUGACAUGUUCAGGAUUGACGAAUUGACCGGCGAGGUGACGGUAACGGGUGCGUUGGAUCGAGAAACUUCACCCAGGCACGACCUCAGGAUCGAAGCUAAAGAUCAAGCGAAACCUGGACCUCAGUUGUUCUCCAUGAUUGACCUUGUGGUGGUUUUGCAGGACAGUAAUGAUAACCCACCCAAGUUUGUACCCAAGGUUUACAAGAUAAAAGUCCCAGAGGAUGUUCCCGUUGGCACCCUCCUCGUCUGGGUUGAGGGUGUUGACUUGGAUUUGGGCAGCGGUGGAAUCGUCACCUAUAAUCUCAAGAAUACUGAGGGUGGUAUCUUCCAUCUUGACGCCUCCACAGGGGCUUUGAUCCUUGAGAGGGAGCUGGACUUUGAGAGGCGUCCGAUUUACAACCUCACGGUUCGAGCUGUUGAUCACGGACUCCCUCGAUCUCUUUCCUCCUCAUGCUUCGUGGAGAUUCAGGUUCUGGAUGUGAACGAGAACCUGAACAGGCCUGUGUUCUCAGAGUUUGUGUAUGAAGCCGGAGUGAUGGAGGAUGCAGCUGUGGGGACAUCCGUGGUGAUGCUUACAGCCUCAGAUAAAGACCCGGGCAGAGAUGGAGUCGUUCGAUACCACAUCCAUGAAGGCUCUGGUCUUGGAGUGUUCACCAUUGAUGAGGAAACAGGUGUGAUCCGGACCACAGAGACAUUGGACCGUGAGAUGAUGCCUCACUACUGGCUCUCUGUUUACGUCACUGAUCUGGGAACAGAGCCUCUUGUCUCUUGGACUCACGUCUACCUGGAGGUCCUGGACGUUAACGACAACGCUCCAGAACUUUCUCAGCCGGUGUAUUUCGCGUCUGUCCCGGAGAACGUGAACACGGUCAAAUCCGUCGUCCAGGUGUCGGCCAACGACGUGGACACUUCCUCUGAGGGGAAGCUUUCCUUCCAGAUGCUGGAGUCUCACCGGACGUACUUCGAUGUGGAUCCCAAAACAGGUAAUUGA